AUGUCGGUAAAGGAGUGCAACCACCACAAAGGAAAGAAACACAAACGCAUCAAAAAAAUCUUCUGGGGAAUCGUAAUCUUCCUCUUCAUCGUCCUCCUCACCAUCCUAAUCACCUGGGCAAUCCUAAAACCUUCCAAACCAUCUUUCAUCCUCCAAGACGUCACCGUCUACGCUUUUAACGCCACCGUUCCAAAUUUCCUCACCUCAAAUUUCCAAGUCACCGUCUCUUCUCGCAACCCAAACGACAAAAUCGGCAUCUACUACGAUCGUCUAGACGCCUACGUCACUUACCGGAGCCAGCAAAUCACUUACAGAACCGCCAUACCUCCGUCGUAUCAGGGUCACAAAGACGUUGACGUUUGGUCGCCGUUUGUUUACGGAACCAACGUCCCGGUUGCUCCUUAUAACUUCGUUGGUCUUAGUCAAGACCAGACUAACGGUAACGUGCUUGUUGUCGUUAAACUUGACGGUAGAGUUAGGUGGAAGGUUGGAGCUUUCAUUUCCGGUCAUUACCAUGUUUUUGUUCGGUGUCCUGCUUUUAUUACCUUUGGUCCUCAGAGUAACGGAAUCUCCGUCGGUGAUAGCGGCGCCGUUAAAUAUCAACUUGUUCAACGGUGCACCGUCAGCGUUUAA